AUGCUUGAUAGUAAUAUAAUGAAUAAUAAUGACGAAAUCAAUGUUGAUGUCAAGUGUAUAGAAGAUUUACCUGAAGAAAUUUUAUUACGUAUUUUUCGUUAUCUUCCACCAUAUGAAGAUUAUGCAUCUAUUCGACUUGUUUGUCGACAAUGGGAAAGACUUUGGCGUGAAAUAAAAACAUGGCGUAGAGAUACAUUUCAUAAUAAUUUAUCAUUAUCAACAGCACCAGUAUCAAUUCAUUGGCAUUCAAUUGAUCCGCCAACUAAAUUUAAUUUAACACCACGAUUUUCACAUUCUGUUUGUUAUGUUGAUUCUAAACGAAUGUUAUAUGUAUUUGGUGGUAGUCGAGAUAUGGCUACAUCACUUAAUGAUUUUUGGCGUUUAGAUUUAUCAACACGAAGUUGGGAAAGAAUUUUAGCAACUGGAAGAUAUCCACCACCAAAAUCUUCAGCAACAUUUAUCGAUGAUGAAAAUGGAAAUUUAAUACUAUUUGGUGGUCGUUCAAUGAUUUAUAUAGAUGAUAUACAUAUUCGAGAACAACUUCAUAGUGAAUUACAUUCAUAUUCAUUUGAAAGAAAUUCUUGGAGUUUACAUGAUAAUUUAAAUGAACCUGGACCGAUUUGUGAUCAUAGUGCAUCUAUGAUUAAUGUAAAUAAUCAAAAACGAAUGAUUGUAUUUGGUGGAAAUACUGGAACAAGAGAACAACCAUCACCAUUACAACGAACAAAUGAUUUAUGGCAAUGGACAGAUAUUCAUACGAAUACAUGGACAAUGAUUCAAGUUGAUGGUAUUCGACCAGAACCAAGAAAAGGUCAUUCUCAAUUUACCUUAAAUUCUGAAAAUAUUUUCAUUGUUGGUGGUUCAUCGUCAACACGUUUUUGUCAUGAUGUAUGGCUUUUUUCAUUUCAAACAAAUCAAUGGACACAGAUUCCAGUUAAUAAUCCACAUCCACAUGAUUUUGCACCUAAUAAUGAUGAUUCACCAUAUUGUAUGGCUAUUCCAUCAUGUAUAUUAGUAACAUUUGGUCGAAUAAAACGACAUCCAACUGAAAAUGAACGCAACAUGUAUAGUCAAUAUGAUUUUUCUCAUUGUGAUAAAAAAUCUCGUGAAGAAUUAAGUCUUCCUCCAAGUAGUUCAAGUGAUGAAAGUGAUGAAAAAACUCGUUACUCCGUAACAACACAUAAACGAUCAAUAAUUCCAUCUUCAAUAAAAACUAAAUAUAAUAUGAUAGAAAUAUCAGGUGGUUUUCAAAUCUAUCGACUUGAUCUAUCAAAUAUAUUUUCAUUAAAUCCUUGUGUAACAUGGUUACCAUCAAAAUGUACAUCUGUAUUUGGUAGUCCAACACAUUCAUCACUUUAUUAUUCUUUAAUAUGUGCUCGAAGUGAAUUGAUUCUCUUCGGUGGUGUAGAAAAACGAAAAUUACAUUUACAAAAAAAAUUAUCGGAAAAUGAUAUUCGAUAUCAAUCGAUAUCCGGCACACUUGCUUUUAUUACAAUAUCAAAUAUUCCUCUUUAG